AAUGGUGACAGACGUGCAACUGGCCAUAUUUGCCAACAUGCUUGGCGUGUCAUUGUUCCUGCUGGUAGUUUUAUAUCACUACGUUGCUGUCAAUAACCCCAAGAAGCAGGAGUAGAGGCUCCAAAUGUAUCCUGAAGCAUGACUGGUGAGGUGAGAUGAAAAUGGAUGACACCACCCUGGAGACAACAUUCCCCCUUUCCAGUGCUCAUAUGAUUUCUUUGUUAUUGAGAUUGGACAAUGGUUUUUUGUAAUAAAAUAUGUGAAUUGCA